AUGGCGGCCGCGGCCUGCGGAACUCGUGGUUGUACAAGGACUAAUAAUUCAGCCAAACCACACAAAGAACACCUGCGGAAAAGCCGGGACUCCCAUAGGAGACAAGCGGCUCUGUUGUUUCUUACCAACAUAUCUUUGGACGGACAACCGGUUUUCAAUCUAAGCAGUGGAACUGUUGGCCCCAGGGAAGCCGAGAACCGGUGUGUGGAUGUCGGUGCGUCAGCGGUGUCGGGUCCCCCUCUGUCCACAACCAGCAGCUACGGAACCUUCAUUCAAGUGUCAUCCUCUAUCAUCGGGGGAGCUGGUACCCCGUUACCGAGGACUAACACAUGUCCAGCUCCUCUACACUUUAAUUUAGGGUGUAGCAACGUUUUCACGGAUGAUGGAAGAGCAGCAGAUCCUUUGUCAGUCCAGGGAUCCCCGCUUUCACCGACCUCUGGACCGUUGAAUCCCCUUUUAGGAUCCAGCAAAUCGCCCUGCGAGUUCCCGGCCUCUAACCCCGUGCCUGAACCACGACAAAGGACACGUAACCUGUCUGAGUCCCCAGGGCCAAAGGUUUCCAAGAAGGUGCACUUCAUCAAGAACAUGAGACAGUAUGAUACGCGAGGUAGCAGGAUUGUGCUGAUCUGUGCCAAGAGAUCUCUGUGUGCUGCUUUCUCUGUAUUGCCCUAUGGAGAGAGCUACCACAUCAGUGACUCAAAACUAGAAUCCCAGAGACAGAGGCACUCUUCCAGUGGGGGAAUAGAUAUGGUCCCUGGGCUGGAGGGAGUGGAGGUGGACUUUGGAAAGACAGUAUCAUACGCCCGCUUUCUACUCCCAACCAAUGCCUUGGUCAGGCAGAAGAGCAGUGGCCCACCUGAUCUCAGUACAGCCCAGACCCCUAUGUUUCGAAAUCACAUCAAUGCCCAGAAGAACUUCACCCCUUCCCGUAUAAACGGCACCGUUGGGCAAGACACCAGUGUGGAUGAGUUGUCAGAAUAUGACCCCAACUUACUCAGUGACCCCCAGUGGCCUUGUGGGAAGCACAAACGGGUCUUAAUCUUUGCAUCUUAUGUGACAACGGUUAUUGAAUAUGUAAAACCAUCUGAUUUGAAGAAAGACAUGAACGAGACAUUCAAGGAGAAGUUUCCCUACAUAAAACUGACCCUCAGCAAGAUUAGAAGUUUGAAAAGGGAGAUGCGAGCGGUGAGUGAGGAGUGUGGUCUACAGCCGGUUACCAUAGCAAUGGCCUAUGUUUACUUUGAGAAGCUGGUUCUGCAGGGACGACUGAACAAGCACAACAGAAAGCUGGUGUCUUCUGCCUGUGUUUUACUGGCUGCCAAGAUUAGCAGUGACCUCAAGAAACAAGAAGUCAAGCAAUUGAUUGAUAGGUUGGAGGAGCGUUUCCGAAUAAACUGCAAAGAGUUGAUUUCCCUAGAGUUCACUGUUCUGGUUGCCUUGGAGAUGGCACUCUACCUCCCCGACAGCAAGGUCAUGCCUCACUAUCGCAGACUGGUACAGCAGGUCUAAAGUAGAGGUGGUCUAAACAAGAAGUGCCCUUAGUGCACAGAAAUCUGGUUCUGGGUGGUUCUGAAAGGUUUUUUGUAUUUAUCAAUUCAACAAAUUCCAGAUCAGUGGAGUUUUUCUUACUGCUAACUCUAGUGGUCUCCGCACUUCUAUCUUCGCCCAUUUGUUUACUUCAUGAAACUGACUGUAUAAAGCAUAAAGGUGUUUAGAGAGAGGCUUACUUCAAACACUGAUUUAAAGGGAUAUUUUACCCAAAAGAUUCUGUCAUUUACUUCUCAUUUUGUUCCAAAUCUGACUGACUACUUCUGUGUAACGCAAAAGGAGAUGUUAGGCAGAAUGUUAACCUCAGUCACCAUUCACUUUCUUAGUAUGAAAAAAAUAAAUAAAU